UUCAAAAAAUAGAAAAAAUCCAACUCCCAACGGUCAAACGCAACUCUCUCUCUCUCUCUCUGGUUCUUCUGUAUAUACGUCACCUUCUCUCGCCUUCGAUCACCGAUCUCUCCCGGCGAACGAUCGUCCGAAAUGGCCGAGGAGUUCUCCAAAGCCGUCGACGACGGUCUCCGGCUCUCGAAACGACUAUACUUAGGGAAGGAUCGAGCCGUGGCGCCGCCGAGGCCGCCGCCGGUCAUGGACAAGUCGGCGUCGUCGGCGGCGGCGGGGUGCGCCUACAUCCCGACGUCUCCGAUGGUGUACGCCGUGAUAUCGGACCCGAGGAUCGUCGACAACCCGGACAUCCCGAGCUACCAGCCGCACGUGCACGGCAGGUGCGACCCGCCGGCGCUCAUUCCGCUUCCGAUGAACAGGGUUGAGCUGGAGGUCGAUUGCUUCAUGGACACCGCCUUUAUUCGGGUCACCGGGUCGUGGAGGGUCCAUUGCGUCAAGAGCUCCAGGAGCUGUGGCUGCCGGAUUGCCAUCCCUAUGGGCGAACAGGGUUCAAUUCUAGGUGUUGAGGUCGACAUUUCUGGUAAAUCAUUCUAUACUCAGUUAAGUCAAUUGAAAGAUGACACGGAUAUGAGCAAGGUUCCCCAAGGAGAAGGAGGCUUUCUCAAUGUUAAACCUCAUAUAUUCACAUUGACAACUCCGCCGGUUGAUGGGGGAGUCAAUCUCACAAUUAAAAUGCGUUGGUCUCAGAAGUUAUUGUAUCGAAAUGGAGAGUUCUCUUUAGAUAUACCGUUCACAUUUCCGGAGUUUGUCAUUCCUCCCGGAAAGAAGUACCUGAAAAAGGAAAAGAUUGAAUUGAAUGUGAACUCUGGUCUGGGAACUGAAAUUUUAUUCAAGGGAACUAGUCAUCUUUUGAAGGAAGGACAGAGCCAAGAAGGAAAAUUGGGGUUUAAAUACGAGGGAAAUGUUGUCAACUGGUCAAGCACCGACUUCCACUUCUCAUAUGCGGUCUCUUCAAGCCAAAUACAUGGCACUGUUAUCACGCAGUCACCUUCCAAGGAUGAUGUUGAUCAAAGAGAGAUUUUCUCUGCCUAUCUUCUUCCUGGAAACCAGCAAAGUGGAAAGGGUUUCAGAAGGAAUGUAGUGGUUGUUGUUGAUAUAAGUGGAAGUAUGCAGGGAAAGCCACUUGAAGAUACUCAGAAUGCACUAUCUGAAGCCCUCUCUAAACUUGAUCCAGAAGAUUCAUUCUGCAUUAUAGCUUUUAAUGGACAGACUUAUGUUUCAUCUACAUCAUUGAAAUCGGCUACCAAGGAGGCAGUCGAAUCGGCCAUUGAGUGGAUUGGCAUCAACUUUAUUGCUGGUGGUGAUACAAAUAUUAUGCGUCCCCUUAACAUGGCAAUAGAGAUGCUAUCCAACUCUAGGGGUUCACUUCCUAUCAUAUUUCUGGUUACUGAUGGGGCAGUUGAAGAUGAGAGACAAAUAUGCGAUGAAAUAAAAAAGCGUCUUGCAAGUGAGGAUGCGAUAUCCCCUCGUAUAUACACUUUUGGAAUAGGUUCGUUCUGCAACCAUUAUUUCCUGCGGAUGCUAUCAACAAUUGGAAGGGGCCAAUAUGAUGCUGCCUAUGAUAUAGAUUUGGUUCAGCCUCGAAUACAGAACUUAUUUGCGACAGCUUCAUCUGUGAUUCUUACAAAUAUAACCCUUGAGACAUUGGACGAUCUUGAUGAUGUUGAGGUGCUCCCUUGCCAUAUUCCAGACCUCUCAUUUGAGAGUCCAUUAAGUGUAUCUGGCAGAUUCCGAGGCAAGUUACCUGAGACCUUCAAAGUUAAAGGAUUCUCAGCUGAUAUGUCGAAUAUUGUGAUCAAUUUGAAAGUACAAGAUGCAAAGGACAUACCUCUUCACAGGGUAUGUGCAAAAGGAGAGAUUGAGUUACUGACUGCUCAGGCAUGGCACUCAGAGAACAAGCAGCUUGAGGAUAAGGUAGCUAAGUUGAGUGUACAUACCGGUGCUUUGAGCGAGUAUACACGCAUGGUCAUAUUUGAAAAAGAAGUAGCUUUGCAACAGAUGGCCUCAAAGAAAAGCCAGAACAAGAAGGAGGAUACUGAAACCUUGAAAAUGAUAUUGCCACAUAGUUUGUGCGUCGGCUUUGGAAACGUGGCCGCAACUUCGGACAACAUUCCUCCAGGAGCCGAAGAACCAAAGCUUCCGGAAGCAGUUGAAAUUUUCGCCAAAGCCGCUUCAGGCUGUUGUGGUCGUAUGUGCAAUCACUGCUGUUGCAUGAACUGCAUCAGAUGUUGUUCCCAUAUAAACCCUCAGUGUGCAAAUCUAUUAACCCAGAUCUUUACUGGUUUAGCGUGUGUUGGCUGCAUCAGUUGCUGUGCAGAGGUUUGUUGCGGUCGACGUGGAUCAUAAAUCUUGUAGAGUAUAGUAUAGCAAACUUGUGGAUUCUCUUCGUAUCACAUCAAAUAUGCACAGCUAGGCAGCUAGUACAAUAUUUUGCUCUUACGCUUAGUCAAGUGAUCUACAUUGUUCUAAUGUUUUGGGCCGUGUUGUAAUGUUUUGGGCUCUCUUCGACGGCCCAGGUCAACCCUGUAAAUUUUCAGCAGGAAUGAAAUAUAUGAAUAUAUUUACACUA